AUGGAAGAUCAACAGUUUUGUUUAAAAUGGUGUGAUCAUCAUUCUAAUAUGUUAAAUGUAUUUGGACGUCUGUUGAGAGAUGGAGCUCUUUGUGAUGUCACAUUAGCUUGUGAGGGCUCAACUCUGAAGGCUCAUAAACUUGUAUUGUCAGCCUCUAGCUCAUUUUUUCAAGAUCUUUUCUCUGAAAACCCAUGCACUCAUCCUAUCGUUAUUUUACCAGAACUCAAGUAUGUUGAUAUCAAAGCUCUAGUAGAUUUUAUGUACAAUGGUUGGGUAAAUGUCAUGGAAACACAGCUUACAACUCUUUUGAAGGCUGCAGAAAUACUGAAAAUCAAAGGUUUGGGCGAAGCUCAUGAUCUUCAUAGUAGUACUUAUCCUUUAAUUCCCGAUACACUCGGUUCAUCCUCUAAUCCUUCAUCGUCAAAAUCACAUUCUUCUACGCUUUUUACUGAAAAUAGAGAAAGUUUACCGAAAAAUGCUUGUCCACAAAAGAAUGAAGACCCAUACAAUGCUCCAUCAAUGCCUAGUUCUACUGAUGACAGACUGGUAGAUUCUUGCAAGCAUGAUGUAUCCACUGGUGAUGCUGCAUCUGAAUUGCGAGUGAAAGAAAAUGACAGUUCCUUUGACAAUGUUACGGACAUAGAGCCUGAUACAGUCCCUUCAGUUAUGGAACAGACAAUGACCACUGAAGAUGUUAUUCCUGGAAGAAGCCUUCUUGAAAAAACAAUCCUUACAAUGGAUAUUGUUUUAAUAAAGAAGAUUACAUUUCUAGAUAGCUUUCUGGAAAAAAAUUUAGAGAAACACAUGAUAAUCCAUAAAGAUUGUGAUUUCAGUGAUGUUGUGUCUAAACAAGAAGAAGAAAUAGAGUCAAGUUCAUCUCCAAUAAUAUCGGAGAAAAAUUUGGUUAAGUUGCCUGUAUCAUGUUCAUCUUGCAACUAUACAUUAAACACUAUGAGUGAUGCACAAAGUCAUCUAAGUAUGAAUCCUAAUUGCCGUACAUCUCAGUUCAAAUGCCUCCUGUGCCCUAAACUUUUUAUUUGGCCAGCAACUUUGAUAAAGCAUUUUCGAGAACAACACCAAGGUCCUGGUGGAAUUGCUCGAGUAACUCAGAGAUUAUGGUACUUUUGUGACACAUGCAAAAAACCAUUACUUAGCAAACAUGCCCUCUUUCUGCAUAGAAGCAAGUUUCAUGGAAUUGGAACAGAUAAUGUGUCUGAGUCUUCAGAAAACCUAAACAUGUGUAAGAGAGGUCGAAAGACUGGCACUAGGGUAUGUCGUUUGUGUAAAAGAACUUUCACUUCAACUACUGAAUAUCAUAGUCAUCUUCAAAACUUUCACAGAAACAAAGAGUUAUCAUCUUCUUAUGCUGUUGAGUCUGCGUCUUCCAUGAAUGAAUCUUUUUCUUCAACUGAAAAUGAAUCAAAUUCCACUCAAAGUGUCAUUUAA